AUGGCUUCCAUCAGUCAGGUUGUCACUCUGCCGCUUCCUGCCCUGCCCGAGGGCUGGAGCGCCGACAAGGACUUCAAGGCCGUCGGCAAGCUUUCGGGCGCCGUCCAGCGCAGCAUCGAGCCUGUUGGACCGCACUUCCUGGCUCACGCCCGCCGAGCCCGUCACAAGCGCACCUUUUCCGAGGAUGACCGGAUUCAGGCCCAGGAGAGCGCCAAGAACGUCGAGGAUGCCGAUGAUGGCGAGGAGAGCGAGCCCGAGGACCCCAUGAUGCUGCAGCUGCAGGCCAAGGACUGGAAGACUCAAGAUCACUACAAGGUGCUCGGCCUGUCCAAGUACCGCUGGAGGGCCACCGAGGAGCAGAUCAAGAAGGCCCACCGCAAGAAGGUGCUCAAGCAUCACCCCGACAAGAAGGCCGCCUCGGGCCGCACCGAGGACGACCAGUUCUUCAAGUGCAUCCAGAAGGCCACCGACGUGCUGCUCGACCCCGUCAAGCGCCGCCAGUUCGACUCCGUCGACGAGGAGGCCGACGUCGAGCCGCCCACCAAGAAGCAGCUGCAAAAGGGCGACUACUACAAGCUCUGGGGCAAGGUCUUCAAGGCCGAGGCCCGCUUCUCCAAGAUCCACCCGGUGCCGACCUUUGGCGACGCCAACUCGACCAAGGAGCACGUCGACGAGUUCUACAACUUCUGGUACAACUUUGACAGCUGGCGGUCCUUUGAGUACCUGGACGAGGACGUGCCCGACGACGGCGAGAGCCGUGACCACAAGCGCCACGUCGAGCGCAAGAACGCCAACUCUCGCAAGAAGAAGAAGGCCGAGGACAACGCCCGCCUGCGCAAGCUGUUGGACGACGCCUCCGCCGGCGAUGAGCGCAUCAAGCGCUUCCGACAGGAGGCCAACGCCGCCAAGAACAAGAAGAAGCUGGAGAAGGAGGCUGCUGAAAAGAAGGCCGCUGAGGAGGCCAAGGCUAAGAAGGAGGCCGAGGAGAAGGCCAAGGCUGAGGCUGAAGCCGCCGCAAAGGCCGACCGCGAGGGUGCCAAGAAGGCCAAGGAGGCGGCCAAGAACGCCCUCAAGAAGAACAAGCGUGUGCUCAAGGGCUCCGUCAAGGACGCCAACUACUUUGCCUCCGGCGACGCCUCUGCCGCCCAGAUCGAUGCCGUCCUGGGCGAUGUCGAGCUGGUGCAGGGCAAGAUUGACGCCGAUGAGAUUGCUGCUCUUGCCGGAAAGCUUAACGGUCUGACGGUGGCGGACGAGAUCAAGGGUGUCUGGAGUGCCGAGGUGAAGAGGCUCGUUGACGCGGGCAAGCUGAAGGAGGGCGAUGUUAAGACGCUGGCGUAG